AUGAAGCUCACUGGUGCUCUGGUGCUCGUUGGGGCCACCCUGCUCCUGACUUCAGGCGGAGAUUGUGGCAUCUGCCCAGUUAUAAAACAGGAUGUUGCUCUAUUUCUUCACGGGACCCCAGAAGAGUAUGUUGAGUACGUGAAAAAAUACAAAGAUAACCCUGAAAUACUGGAAAAUACGGAAAAAAUCAAAAGAUGUGUCGACAACAGUUUGACAGAGGAAGACAAGGAACAUGCAAGCGCUUUUGUCGUGAGUCUCUUUGUGUUUGGCUAG